AUGGCGCACGUCACCCACAAUUCUAAUAAGGAUGAUUCUGAGAAGAGCCAUGAAAUCAGUGUCGAUGUCCCUCAGCUGUACGAGUGUCCAAAACCAUAUUAUGUCUGGGGUAUCAAGCUCUGGGCAUACAGUCACCCUCGAAUCCAGGCGGUGAUGCUCGGAUCUGUUCUUUUCAUGACCGUGGGCAUGUUCAAUGUCAUCACAUUCAUUGGUGGCGCCGGACAGCAGACCGCGUGGCUAUCCGACAUCGCCAAUAUUGCACUCUAUACUGUCUUCUCAGCUUUCUGCUUUGUUGCGCCUGCGUGUCUCAAUUCCUUUGGGCUACGCACUACUCUUUGUGCCGGCGGAUUUGGAUACGCUGCCUACGCAGCCAGCCUUUGGUGCUUCAAUCACACCGGUAAUGUGCCUUUCGUCAUCUUUGGGGGCUGUUUGUGCGGAUUGUCUGCUGCAUUAUUGUGGUGCGCCGAAGGUACCGCAAUCACAUCAUUUGCCACCGAGGAUAAGAAGGGCUUAUACGUCUCCAUCUUCUGGUCCAUAUUCCAGUUCGGUGUUGUCAUCGGCGCUGCAAUUCCUGUGGGGCAGAAUUGGAAUGCAGGUACCUCGAAUGAUAGCCGCGUUGGCGAUGGUACCUAUAUUGGGCUAUUCAUUCUGAUGCUCAUUGGUUCAGUAUUGGGCCUCGCCAUGUACCCCUGGCAGAAGAUCAUCCGUGAGGAUGGGUCUCGGGUGAUGCUUGAGAUCAAUCGGAAAACUUUUCGACAGGAGCUUGCGUCAUCCUGGCAAGUCUGCAAACGAAAUUGGUGGAUCGUCUUUUUCUGGCCAAUGUGCUGGGCAGUAAACUAUUACAACAUCUAUCAAAGCAACGAUUUCAACGGCAUUUUCUUCACGGUCCGUGGUCGCGCACUCAACACUUUCAUCUCCGGGGCUGUUCAGAUUCCCUCGGCUUGGAUUCUCAAUAUCUUUACUGACAGGCUACCUUUCGGACGUCGCAAAAGGGCAUUGAUCGCCAUUGUUUACGUUUUUAUCACUAUCAAUGCAGUCUGGAUUGCCGGCUACUUCAUGAUGAAGAGAACAGUCUAUGGUCUGCAGGAGGCUGACCGUGUAGAUGUCUUCGAUCCUGGAUAUGCAAGUGCAUGCGCUGUCUACGUGUUGUACGGCUUUACGGAUGCCACGUACAAUUGCUAUGCCUACUGGUUCAUUGGAGCCCUCAGCAAUCGCCCUGAUGAGCUAUCCGUCUACGCAUCCAUGUAUCGCCUCUUAAAUGCUCUGUGCCAAAUUUGCGCUUUUGCAUUAGACCUCAAUGGCUAUUCAAAAGAGUUCAUGUUCGGCUCUUCGUGGGCAUUUGUUGCUGCUGGCCCAGUCUUCAUCCUGCCUAUCAUCAAGUACUGGCUGAAGGAUACCAACAUGGCGAGUAUCGAAGGAGUUCCAGCUACAAGCUCUCCAAUGGACCAGGCGGACGUGACUUCUGAGGCUGAAGGCAUACCAAUUCGAGGUGGAAAGGAUUCAGGGGAUACUUGA